GGGCAACAUCUGUAUUUAAAUGUUGCCUAAUCUGCCUGCCUCCUUAAGUGCAGGAGACUUAAGAGAGUCGGGUUCGAUCCCUGGGUCGAGAAGAUCCCCUGGAAGAGGCAAUGGCACCCCACUCCAGUAUUCUUGCCAGGAGAAUCCCAUGGACAGAGGAGCCUGUCGUGCUACAGUCCAUAGGGUCGCAAAGAGGUGGACAUGACUUGAGCGUCUGAGCACAGGCUUUGGGGCAGGAGGCAUCUUCAGUGCACCAAUGCCUGGGGGUGGGUUUUAGGAAGCUAGGCCUUGCAGUGCUUAGAGGUUAGAAGCUUUGGGUCAGUUGGCUAGGAUAGGAGGGAGGGAGCCAACAGUCCCUGGAGGGCCAAAUUAACCUAGGUGCCUGGGAACUAGGCUUAUCAAGGCCCAUUAAAGAAGAUCCUUGCAGGAGAGGGGCAGAAAAAAAGAAUGUUGGGGGCAGCUCCUGUGGUCCUGGUUGGAGUUGCAGGGGUAUCCCUUGUAUGGUGCCUUAAGUGGGGAGUCCUCUACGCCUUUCAGUGUUUGGCAUCUCCAGUCCUGGUGGCUAUCCUUGGAAACAGUGGCAGGGUAGAGGUGAAGUUGCUGGGGACACUUUGCACCCUGAAGAGGCUGAAGAUGUCAACCAUUCCUUGUGUAGUACCCUCUAGAGGGCCCCCCCAUCCACAGGUGAGACAGCCCACUCUGUUGAUCCUACCUGCCUUUUCUCUUCUCAUCCCUCCCAGGCCCUUCCUCGCUGAGGCCCUCAGCCCCAGUGGUUCCAGUGAAGGGAGGGCCUGAGCUUGAGCUGGCUGGCAGCUCUGGGCCCCAAACCGGUUUUCCCACCUUGCCUGAGGCUGGCACAUCACCCCUCUGUUUCCCUGCCCCCACCUCGUUGCAGUUCCUCCUCUCUCCACCCUGGAAUGUGGGGGGCGGGGGGCACUUAUCCACAUCAUCUUUUUAAACAGGAAGGUGGAAGGGCUGUUCCACGCUUUCCCUUCCACACCUCUGGCACUCAGGGAUUCCUUCCAGGCCUUGAAGGCUUCAGAACUAAGUGAGAGCAAAAAGCACCUGAGAUUCUCAGCCCCACCUUGGCCCACGUCUAGUCCCCAUCUGAGCUCUGGAAGGAUGAGACAAAGAAGCCCAGUCUACCCCCUCGCCUGCUCUGGAGUAAAUGGGUGGGAGCAGUAGCCUUCUCCCUAGGUGCCACUGGCCAAUCCAAGUCCCUCGCCUCAAAUACCAACAAGGCAAAUGCUUCCAUUUGCUGCCAACAAGAAUGCCUCUUGCUGGAACUGAGAUCAUCUCUUUAGUGAUAACACCAGUCAACAUGAAUAGGGCUCUUGCUGUGUGCCAGGCUCUGUGCUGAACACUUUAGAUGCUCACAAAGCUCCUGUGAGGGGACCACCAGGACUCACAAAGCCCUGGUGGUCCAGUGGCUAAGACUGUGCUCUCAGCGCAGGGGGGCCUGGAUACGAUCCCUGGUCAGGGAAUUAGAUCCUACAGGCUGCAACUAAGUUUCAUGCUGCAACUAAAGAUCCUGCUCGCCGCAACGAAGAUAGAAGAUCCCCCAUGCUGCAACUAAGACCCGACGUGUCCAAAUAAAUAAAAUAUUCUUUAAAAAAGAAACCCGUAUGAGUCCUGGUAGCAGAGGUCAUCAAGUUUUACUUCCCCAAGAUGGUGGAGAUGCACAAUUAUGUCCCUGCCAACUCUCUCCAGCAGAAACUGAGCAACUGGAGUCACCUGAACAGGAAUCAGUCCACCAUCCCUGUGUCUACCCCCAGGAAGGUGCUGAACAAACUGAACUUCUCUGUACCAGAGGAUGUGAUGCGCAAGAUAGCACAGUGUGCCCCAGGUGUGGUGGAGCUGGUGCUCAUUCCACUGAGGCAGCGCCUAGAGGAGCGUCAGAGACGUAGGAAGCAGGGCAUCGGCUCCUUACAGGAGCUGGCUCCUCAGGAUGGCACUGACUACAUGGAUGUGGGUUUGUCCCAGAAGGCCCGAGGGGAAGGUGUCCCAGACCCCCAGGGACGGGGGCAACUCAGGGAGGGCCGACUGCCUGUGCCCCGGCCUCCAGGGGACAGCCAGGCACUGCAGAGCGACCCGAGCUUCGUCCUCCAGAUCGCUGAAAAGGAGCAGGAGCUGUUGGCCUCACAGGAGACCGUGCAGGUCCUGCAGAUGAAGGUGAGACGCUUGGAGCACUUGCUCCAGCUCAAGAACGUGCGCAUAGAAGACCUCUCCCGGAGGCUCCAGCAGGCAGAGCGUAAGCAGCGGCUAGUUCUCUGUACCAUGGGUCAAAGGGGAGGCUGUCCGAGACAGCUGAGGGGCUUCCUUGCCCGUCCUGGGCACUCACCUGGGACCCAGCUGAAGACUGGAGAACACAGCAGCUGAAGAGGAAGGGGUGAGGUGUGAGCUCAGCCAUAGACUGUGCUUUCCAGCUGCCCUCCCCUCCCACAGCGUAUGUUGAGAAUGUUUGGGGGAUGUGGAGCUGAGUUGUUCCCAUUAAAGUUCUGGUAUCCUUCCUGUG